ACGAAUAAGAAAAACGAAAUGUCAAAAGAGUACAGACCAAUAAUAGCAGAAUCAGCAAUCAGCAUUUAGUGUAGUUUUGUAGUGAAAUGGAAAAUAUUUUGAAUAUAAUUUGCAUCAUUAAUUUAUGUUUAUAAUUUAGUUUUUUGGUUAAACAUUUUGUUUGAACGAUAGUACAUCAGCUGUGUAAAUAAAACGGAAACAUUGAUAAUGGACGUUGAGUCUAUAGAGAAGAAAUAUCCAUUACAUUGGCUGGUUUGGAACAAUUCCUACGAAGAGCUGCAAGAAAAAUUGAAAAAUGAAGCGAUCGACCUGGAACAAUUGGAUCCUCGUGGCAGAACUCCACUAAUGUUAGCGGUACGAUUAUCUCAUUCACAAUCUGUGAAAGCUCUACUAGCGGCCAAAUGCAACGCAAAUGCUGAAUGUGACGGAUGGUCAGUGGUGCAAGAGGCUGUCUCCUCUGGUGAUCCAGAAAUUCUCACAGCAAUUCUAGAAGUUCGCGACCUGCAACGUCAUAUUCAACGUGUGACCCAUGUGCCACAGUUGUUACAGAAGUUGAUCGAGGCUCCGGAUUUCUACAUUGAAAUGAAGUGGGAAUUUACGUCCUGGGUACCGCUGGUGUCAAGGUUUUGUCCGAGUGACGUGUACAAGGUGUAUAAGCGAGGAUCCAAUGUGAGAAUUGACACGACAUUGUUAGGUUUCGAUUACACGACCUGGCAACGCGGCAAUCGCAGUUAUAUCUUCAAAGGACAAUCUGAUUCAGCAACAAUGAUCGAAGUAAAUCAUGACGCGCAUGAGGUGUCUAUAGAACAAUUGAAGGGUAUUGAAGGUGAAAUAACUGGCAUACCUCCCACCCGCGAAUCAGUAUCAGCCCGACUGAAUGCUCCGGUAACAUCAAAUCACAUUGACAUGGAGAAAAUAAGUUUCGAGCGAAAUAAGUCCGGAAUUUGGGGCUGGCGAAGUGAAAAAUCCGAGGACGUAAACGGUUACGAGUGCAAAGUGUAUGCGGCUAGCAACGUAGAAUUUAUUACACGAACGCGAACGGAGCAUUUAAGUGAAUCGCAGGCCCGACUUCGUCAUUCCCGUACUCCACUUCAAAAUUUCCUUGGAAUUGCUGAAGAAGAAUGUGCGUCACACGAUGCGUCUCCAUCGGAACCGGAACCACUGCUCAGCGUUGAAAAUUAUGUCGCUGGCAAGCCAGUCACGGCAGACGAAUAUUUUUCGGAUAUUGAUUUGUGCGGUCGUGAUAUUGGCAGACCACGGAAGAUGAGUGAAAAGAUUCAACGGUUUAAGGCCACACUGUGGCUAAGCGAGGAAUUUCCAAUAAAGUUGCAAGAACAAGUACUUCCCAUAUUAGAUUUGAUGUCGACGAUGGCAAGUCCGCAUGUGUCCAAGCUAAAAGAUUUCAUUACCAUGCAACUACCAUCCGGCUUUCCGAUCAAAGUGGAGAUUCCGCUGUUCAAUUUCUUGAAUGCAUGCGUCACAUUCGGCAAUGUAUUCGCACUGGAGACACCCGUCGAACAUGUGACGAAUAUACAAGAAAAGGAUCGGCUUAGUUGCGUGAUCGACGAUCGAUGUUUCGACAUCCCAACCAAUUAUGUAAACAAGGGCGGGGAUUAUCGACGCCAAUUGACGUUCGAAGAUGAGGAUGAUCUGCUUCAGUAUGCCAUCCAACAGUCGUUGAUCGAAACGGGUAGCGAAAGCGAACAAGUGGAUAUUUGGGAGGCAUUGAAAGCUCGUCGUCCGGUUACCCCGAAUAAUUUCGCCGAUGACGACGCUCAAAUGCAAAGAGUGCUUCAAGAAUCGCUGUACGAAUAUCUUCCAACAUCAAAUCAAACAACAACGACGCCAGUGGACGAUGAUCUUGCGCUGGCUUUACAACUGUCCGUACAACUGUCCGCUCAGGAACAAUCGCAACGUCAGCAGGAACUGUUGCGUGAGGAGGAAAUGUUCGAGCUGGCUCUUAAAUUAAGUUUAGAGGAGAAGUGAACUAAUUUUCUAUUUUCAUUUUUAAUGUGAUAACAUUUCGAACUGCGCUCAGGUGGGACACGCGCGCGCGUGCUUCGGACAUUAUUAAUAUAUAAAUAAUAUAUUUACAUGUACAUUUUGUGUAUGCCCGUGUGUAUACACCGUGUGUACACUUCAAUGAAGAAAACUUUAUUCUAAAAUUAACGAAGUGAAAUUCCCUAAAAAAAAGAAUUUUCUUUUGUUCGAAAAACUUUUUUUUUUGGUUUUCGGACCUCAAACUUGAUUUUU